CAGUGGAGGUGGAUGAUGAUAAAGAUAUGUGAGCUGAAUCCUUCUGUAUUGCAGGCUCAUUUCUCUCAUCUAAAUUUGGAUUUUCACAAGUUAGCAAAAAACAUGGAGGCAAAAUUCCAACAAAUCCGUGAUCAGCUGCAAGAUGGUUAUAACCCUGCCAUGAGAAGUGAACGCAAUAGAUUAAAAUCUUUCUUGUCCUAUAAAGCUUAUUCAUGGUCUCAGACAGAAAUGGCAGUUGCUGGGUUUUACACGAGCGUUGAAUCCCAUGUGCAGUGUUCCUGCUGUGGAUUAGUUUUACUUGCCACCAAAGUUAGAUGUUCCCCAUAUGAACAACACAAGAGAUUUUGUCCCACUUGUGAACUUGUUCUUGGCGAAGAGGUGGGUAAUAUUUCAAAGUAUGGCAUACGUGUUCAGAAUUUGGCGAAGAACUCAGCAGAGCAUAUGUACUGAUACAACGAGGAGGAAGCAAGACUUCAGUCCUUUGAUGGGUGGCCGUCCUAUGCCAGAGGAACACAGCCCGCUUUGCUUGCCAGAGCUGGAUUUUUCUUUGCAGAUAACUUGGCUGUCAAUGAUCAGCCGAUAGAGCAGCUCUUUCUUCAUGAAGUCCUUGAGAACCUCAACUGCACUAUUGCUCUAGAAGGUGAAGCAGGAAGUGGAAAAACUGCAUUGCUCAGGAAAAUAGCUCUUCCUUGGGCCUCAGGCUGCUGCCUUGUUCUGGCCAGGUUUAAGUUUGUAUUUUAUCUCUCCCUGAAGUCAACAAGAUCAGAUCGGAGCGUGGUUGAUGUUAUAUGCAAGCAAUCGGUAGGAUUUAUGGGAUCAUUAAAAGAAACAACCAAUUCAGUUCCCAUAGUUAUUGAAGAACUUAUACAAAGGAGCCAUCUCUACCCGUUGGGUGUUGCUGUCUGUACUAACAGGACCAGAGAAAUCCACAAGUAUGCAAAUACUACUCUAAGUAUUGUGGAGUUUCCGCUGUCCAGCAAUAUAUAUGUAGUAAAGAAAUUGUUCCCGUACACUAUCGUCCUUGUGGAGAAGCUUCUCUUUAGGCUGCAGGCCGAAAAGUCCAUGCAGACUGUUCUAAAGACACCACUUUUUAUGGUGAUUCUUGCUAUGUAUUGGAUACAGCACCCAAAGGGAAAUACAUUCAGUGAUAGGGCUAUUUUUAAAGCUUACCUGCUCUAUAACUUUCUAAAGUACAGGGAAGAAAGGGAACGUGUACUGGCUAUGUUUUCCUCAUGUGGUGAGCUUGCCUUAAGGAUCCGUUUUGACUUCACUGAAUGUGAUCUCACUGAAGCAGGCGUUGAUGGAGAUGAAGCUGUUAAAUUGGGUCUACUGAGCAAAUUCACUGCCCAAAGGCUUCAUCCAGUUUAUAAAUUAUUUCAUCCCUUGUUCCAGGAGUUUCUUGCAGGGCGAAGUGAGCUCCUGGAUUCUGAUGUAAAAGAAAAACUGGAGAGAGGGCUGCACUACUUGCAGCAAAUCGACACGUUCAGAAAAGCUGCUGGCUGCUGUUAUUUUUUGUUAGUUGAUGCUUGCAGCUUUCCUUCUAAAGCAGUCCCCCGGAUCAUAUCCUAUUUAUUUAACUUGAUCAACUGCAAGAGCUCAUUGGAAAAUCAGUCAGAAAAUGAUGAACAUCUGCAGCACCAUUCAGACCUUGCACUAAUGAUGUACUCAGUUGACCAGUUAAGGUUUCUUAGUCCCCAGCUCCUCCUUUCAGUUUUCAUUGUGUUUUUACUGAACUUUGCAACCUCUUUUUUUCAAAUUUGGACAAAUUUAUCUGCCUGGAGGAACUGUCAGUGCUCCGAUGUGACAAUUGCAACAUAUUUUAUAACAAUACCUGAGGGCUUCAAAAAUCUCUGUAACAUGAAGAACUUGUUGAUCAACCAAGUGAAGUUUGAAAACAGUUCUAGGCUGGGUGAGGUGCACUUGAAAACUUUUAAGUUCUGUGUUUCAUUAGAACUUGUUAAUACUUAUGGUGAAUGUAAACGAAAGAAGAUUCUGGUUGCUCUUCUGAGUGAUAAGACAGGAAUCACGCUGCGGCUUCCAUUUGUCUUUCGGUUGCUCUGCCCAGUUUUGUCCAAAGUGUUAAGAUCCAAAGUGUUGGAUCUGAACAGUCCAUUUUCUGAGAACAAGGAAGCUUCUGAAAUUUUUGGUUUGUAUCUAUCUUCCUUUUCUGCUCAUCUCAUUUGUUGCAUUGACAGAAUUAUUUUGUUUCAAAUCCUUCUGGAAAUCUCAUUAAAUGCCAGUGCACCAACAAUGCUGUCUUUUGUCCAGCGUGUUUCUCGACUGCCUGGCCUUGUGACAAUAGGAAUGCUGGGGUGGCUAAUUGAUGCAGAGGCCCUUAAAAUGUUUGAUAUCAUGAAAGAGCAGCAUCCCCAGUCCAGGAGUUUAAAAUUAUCCUGACAAUGGCUCUUGCUGUUUUCACCAAGUAUUCAAGACUAGAAAAGUCUGAAAGUGUUGGGUUUUUUUCACCUGUAUUAUGAGUUAGACACCUGCAUUGCAAAUAAACAUAUACUGUAAAAUUUUAACUGAGAUGAAAUAUGUCAGUCUCUUCUACAGCCGUGUUUGUUAAGACAAUGUGAAAGGAUCACAGAACUGAAGAUGGGAUUAAUGUUGGAAAACUUGACUGGCUUUGCAAGUUUAUUUAUAGAUUGCACCUAAGUGAUAGCUUUCACAGAAGAAUGAAGCUUCCUUAACUAGUACAAUUUUGCUUAGAGCCCGUUUAUUUCUAUUGUUUUGCUUGCAAUGAAAUCAGUGACAUGACUCUUCAUCGUGAAAUAAAAAACCAUAAAACCAUUUAUAGUCAUGAUUGCAUUAAACACACUAUUGGACACCAGAUUUCACUAGCUCUAAAAACCGAUGACGGUGACUUUCUGUAACUUAAUGCCAGAUACUAGCACAUACCUCAUUUACAGAGGGACGUUUAUGGGAGGGACAAUUUAUGCUUCUUUCUUUAGCAAUUGCUAAAACUACUAAAUAACAGUUGCUGAACUGUUGACUUAGAACCUUUGCAUCACUGCAAAGCAGAGCAGUCUUAGUUUACUUUAUCUAGGCAAUGAAAGAAAAGCCUUCAACGUGGCUUAGGAGAGUUAAGACUUCAGUUUAUGCCUUUCUCUUUUCGCUCGACUAUUUGUGGGAAAAUUAUUCUUCUGAGGUUCACCACCACAGGGAAAGGACUGAAUACAGCAGAAUUCAGGCCCAUAUUUGGCUAGUUUACCUGAAAUGCAAACUGCUGCUGCUGCUAACUAAAUCAUUGUCUAGUUUUGUGGCUGCAGCCUUCAUUCUACAAGAGUUAAGACUGAAAGGGCUCAGGUAUAAAUUCAUACUUUCUAUUACCUUUCCCUAGCCUGAUUUUUUCUGUGUUGGUUUUAGUAUGGUACCAUAGGAGUAGUUAAAAAGGCCACACAGCAAAAACUUGCUGUCAUAUUUCAGCAACUCAUAUAGCAGAAAGACUUUUAUGGAAACUAAAAAAACAAUUACACAAAAAAACCACCCCUAAAUGCAAAGUUUGAAAGUAAACUUUAUUCACAGUGAAACAAAGAUUAAUUUUUCUUGAGUUCAGCUAUCAUUCAGGAUUCUGAUCCUAACCAUAAAAAUAGGUAUCUCUCUUAAUAUGGUGGUGUACUAUUUUCCAGGUCAUUGCCAUCAGCGGCCACA